AUGGCUAAGGGUAAGAAGAAAGGUGGUAAGAAGCUAGGAUCUCAAGUUGUUUCUGAAGAUAGUUCAAAACAAGAGACGCCCAUUGAACUGGAUAAAUCCGUGGCCUCAGGGGGUGAUUCUGAAGAGUUGAAUGGCAAUGGUGCGAAGGAAGAGGUUUCAGGGCCUUCAGAGGUAUCAAAUGAUCAAGUGGAAUCCCUAAACCAACAAAUCAGGGAGUUGAAAUUGGAACUAGAAAAGAAGAACAAAGCUGAGGGGAAUGAAGACGAAUCAGAGUUAUCUAAGGUCAGAGCUGAAAGGGAUGAAUUCCAAAGUCAGUACAACAAUCUUCUGUCAAGGAUUUCAUCGAUGAAAAACGUGUUUAACAAGAUGAAAGAAUCUCAAAAUGAACUCGAGUCUGUACAGGAACAAUUGACAGCAUACGAAUCUCAAAACAUGAAAUUGAAGCAAAAAUUAGACUCUGUCACGAAGGAAAAAUCUGAAUUACAACAAACUGUGGUUACUUUAAACAAAGAGUUAUCUAGUAUAGAGGAGGAACGAGAAACUGUUCAUGAGGAGUCUCAAGAGUACAAGAAAACCAUUGAUGAUUUACAAAGACAAUUGGAAACUUUCAAUACUUCACAUAGUCAUGAACUAGAGUUCCAAAAGACUCAAAAUAGUCAAUUAAACACACAGUUGCAGGAAUUGCUUCUUAUAUUGGACAAUAAUAAGCAGGACAUUUCUGCGCUUCAUCAAGAGAGAGAGGAUCUCCAAUUUAAUCUGGAAAAUUUGACAAAGGAAAAUUCCAUCUUAAAGGACUCUCUAAAGGAGAUGGAAGCUGAAUUAGAAAGGACGGAACAACGAUUUAACGAUCAAUUGACACAAAGGAACAUAGAAGUGAACUCUUUGAAAGCUGAGCUGGAAAGGAGUAAAGAAUCUACGAAAUCACAUGUAGAUACUAUUGAUACUUUGAGGGGAGAAGUUGAAAGGAUGAAAGAUGCUGUGGAACAAAAGGAAAAACUAGAAAAAGAAUGUAAAGAUCGUGUCUUACAGAUUGGAAAAUUAAGACAUGAAGCGAUUAUCUUAAAUGAGCAUUUGACGAAGGCGUUGGCGAUGUUAAAACAAUCAAGCGAUUCUGAAUCUGUGGAUAAGGAAUUGAUGUCCAAUUUAUUAAUUUCAUUUGUUGCCAUUCCUCGGGCAGAUCCAAGGAAAUUCGAAGUUCUUGAAUUACUAUCAAGUUUUCUCAAUUGGGAUGAUGAUAAAAAGAGACAAGCAGGUCUAAUUCUAAAUUCUCAAACCAGUGGGAAAAGAUCAAAAUCGGGGUCGAGAACUGAGAACUUUGUCUCCAUGUGGACCGACUACUUGGAGAAAGAAAGUGAAUAG